GCGCUCGUUCUGUGGAGUAAGCGGACUCUGGGUGCUUGGCUACCUUGAUGUGUCGAGCUCCUGUUUACUACAACAAAGAAACCGUCGCUUAAUCGCCAAAAACAUUGGUAACAGCGCUGGAAUAACGCUGUUGUCGUCAGCCGACGAGGCGAGGUACUUCGUUUCUUCGUAUCCCGCAGAGAUUUCGCCCGGGAAAACUAUCAUUUGUGGACUGAUUGAGGACAGGUCGGUGAGUGUUAUCCCCGUGUAUCCUGGACCGCCCGCAGGAUUUGGGUUUCCUGCAUGCCAGCAAAAUACCGGGAGGAUUUGACGUCCAGUCUUUUGAGCUCUGUGGUGACGACGGGAGAUCGGGGCUCUUCUCACCGCCACCAUGUGCGAGCUUUCAUCAGGCCACUUCACAGCCCUCUGAGCGGAAACCGGACCACCGCCGGCGCAUACUGUGAAGGCACGCUGCCGCCGUACAGACAGUGACGCACACGCGGGAGUGACAGCGACUCUGUCUUUCUGAAGAAAUCUGUGGCAUGAAACCAGAUCACACAGGUCUCUCGUACACCUUCAUCUCCCUUUACCACUCUCCAGUUAGAAACACACUCCUCAGCUUCACUGCAUUGAUGAGGUAACGUCAGGCUCCGUGCAAGAACCCACCUGCAGCGGCGACUCCUUCCCCUCUUCCUUCCUCUUCCUUCUGUCAGUCAUUGCACCGCAGCCAUGGGCCAAAAGAUCUCUGGCAGCAUUAAAUCAGUAGAUAGUCGCGGGGAAAGCGGUGGCUCCCCAUCCUACCGACCCCUGACUCAUCGUCGGCAGCACCCUGAGCUAAGGGGCCCGGAUUUCUUCAAACCUCCCAGGCUGGAUCUCCUACUGGACAUGCCGUGCGCUGGACUGGAGACUCAACUCCGUCACGCGUGGAACGCCGAUGACCGGUCGCUUAACAUCUUCAUCAAAGAGGACGACAAGUUAACUUUUCAUCGCCACCCUGUCGCUCAGAGCACGGACUGCAUCCGGGGGCGGGUCGGAUACACGAGGGGACUCCAUGUAUGGAAGAUCAACUGGCCUGUCCGGCAGCGAGGCACCCACGCUGUGGUCGGAGUAGCAACCUCCGAAGCUCCUUUACAUUCUGUUGGCUACACAGCGUUAGUGGGGUCAGACUGCGAGUCCUGGGGCUGGGAUCUGGGACGUAAUAGGCUCUACCACGACAGUAAGAACAGGGCGCACAGCUCACUGCCCUCUUACCCUUGUUUCCUGGAGCCGGAGGAGUCGUUCACCCUUCCGGACUCUCUGCUAGUGAUACUGGACAUGGACGAAGGGACCUUAAGUUUUAUGGUGGAUGGACAGUAUCUAGGAGUGGCAUUUAGAGGACUGAAAGGAAAGAAACUGUAUCCCAUCGUCAGUGCCGUGUGGGGACAUUGUGAGAUAUCCAUGAAGUACAUCAACGGCCUGGAUCCUGAGCCUCUUCCUCUGAUGGACCUGUGUCGGCGUGCGGCCAGAGUGGCGCUAGGUCGGGACCGGCUUCAAGAGAUCGAGCGCCUUCCUCUGCCCCAGUCCUUAAAAAAUUACCUCCAGUACCAGUGACUGACAUCUGUAGAGCCAGCUGGGAAUACAAGGAAGUCCGAAGAUGAAUGAUCGAUGCAAGCAUGUCCACAGUGGGAGCGCCACAGCUCUUGCAGAUUUCUAAAAGGAUGGAUAUAAAGAUGGUGUCUGAACUGACGGGGGUCAAACAAAGAAUAGGACAGCACCAGCUUCUUUUGGAUUUUGAGCUGCUUUUUUUCAUUCGCGCAGAACUUGAAAUAAAUUCUUAAUGAUGGCG